AUGCUGUCCGCCGCCCGAUUGAUUGCCCCUGCAGCCAGGUCUGCUCUUUUCAACAACACAGCCCUAUUGAGGCCACUUGCUGCAGUGCCCUCACAAACACAGGUAGUACCAGUGGUCCCAGCCCAACUAUCAGCAGUUAGGUCCUUCCAAACUACCUCCGUCACAAAGGACAUUGACUCUGCUGCCAAAUUCAUUGGUGCUGGUGCUGCAACAGUAGGAGUCGCUGGCUCUGGUGCCGGUAUCGGAACAGUGUUCGGCUCCCUCAUCAUCGGUUACGCCAGGAACCCCUCUCUGAAACAACAGCUGUUCUCAUACGCCAUUUUGGGCUUCGCCCUGUCUGAGGCUAUGGGACUGUUCUGUCUUAUGAUGGCGUUCCUGUUGCUUUUUGCUUUCUAA